GUGUACCGCCCUGCUCGAUCACAUGGACUAUUAGGCAACCGACAACAUGAUAAUUCCUACUUAUGUUGACGAAAUCAGCGGAAUAGCGUGCAACGACCCAGCCUCCGGCGAGCACCAGUACCGGCGGAUUAACGCUCGUCUCCCUUGGUCUUAUCAGCGUUAUCGGGGCUUUGUUCUUGUCCAACAUGGCGGCGGUCCCGAAACUAUUCAUCCCAAUCCAGGUCGGGACAUCCGCGCUCAAGCACCGCGUCGUUCUCGCACCUCUGACGCGUUACCGCGCCAGUAUCGACCACGUGCCGCUGGAUAUCGUAACGACGUACUACGAGCAGCGAGCCAGUGAACCAGGUACAUUGCUAAUCACGGAGGCCACGUUCAUCGCCCCGAAAGCCGGAGGAUAUAGUUGCGCACCUGGCAUCUGGAAAUGUACACCCACUUCGUGACGUCGCUGAGGAACGCCUAUCCCCAUCUUGCCUACAUUCACGUCGUGGAACCCCGGGUGAAUGGCAAUGUGGAUAUCCCCGGCGGCGCUCCUCAGGGCGAGUCGAACGAUUUCAUACGCGACAUAUGGUCCCCGAGGCCCUUGAUCAGCGCCGGCGGCCACAACCGUAGCAUCGCGUUGCAAGUUGCGGAGGAGAAGGGUGACCUCAUCGCCUUCGGCCGUCAUUACAUCGCCAAUCCCGACCUACCCAAGAGACUUCGGAAGGAUAUGCCGUUGCAUCCAUAUGACCGCAGCACUUUUUACACCCCGCAGAGCCCAGUGGGCUACAUAGACCAACCCUUCGCGGAAGACGAAGAGCUGCAGAAGUCACAGUAG